GCGGGGAGCAGGGAGUGUCCGGCAUCGGACACCGGCCAUCAGGCACUGCCCACUGAGCGUCACGUGCCGUGUCCAGGCUCUGGGUGUCAGAGGCAGCAUCAUGGCCCCCGUACGCAGCCCCCAAGUCCAUCUGCUGCUGGUGGUCGGCGCUGGCCUGGUGGUCAGUGGCCUCCAGCCCCCGGACGCCGCCGGGAACGAGGUGCCCACGGAGCCCGGGGACAGCCGUGAGGGGCCGGUCACCAGCUUUCCAGAGCCUGGGUCCGAGCGCGGCGGUGGCAUUGACCCCCGGGAAGCCUGGCUGCUCUUUGUCCGGCAAAGUGACAAGGGUGCCAACAGUAAGAGGCUGGGCCGGACCCGGGCACGGAGGCUGCGGCUCAGCCUGCCGGGUCCCCCCGGACCUCCUGGCCCCCAGGGCCCACCGGGUCCCAUCGUGUCUCCCGAGGUCCUGCUGAAGGAAUUCCAGGUGCUGCUCAGAGGCGCGGUGCAGCAGUGUGAGCAUGGGGAGGGAUGUGAGCCCUGUGGCCCCCGGGGGCCCGGGGAGGAGGAGCAGACCGUGGACGUGCUGACGCUGCUGGCGGCGGCUCUGGCCCCGGGUCCGAGGGCGCCGCGAAUCGAGGCCGCCUUCCACUGCCGCCUGCGCCGGGACACGCCCGUGGAGAGACGCGCGCUGCAGGAGCUUGGCGGCUACUACCUGCCCGCCAUCCAGGGUGUCUUUGGCCGUGGCCCCGGCCUGAACCUGACCAGCGGCCAGUACUCUGCGCCUGUGGGCGGCCUCUACACGUUGGCCGCCACGCUGCACGUGGCACUGGCCGAGCCGCCCCGGAGGGCCCCCCCACGGCCCCGAGACCACCUGCGUCUCCUCAUCUGCAUCCAGUCCCGCUGCCAGAGCCACGCCUCCCUGGAGGCUGUGCUGGGCCUGGGUGGCGGCAGCGAGCUCUUCAGCAUCUCGGUCAGCGGCAUGCUGCACUUGCAGACAGGGCAGUAUGCAUCAGUGUUCCUGGACAACGCCAGCGGCUCCCUGCUCACUGCACGUGCGGGUUCUGUCUUCAGCGCCGUCCUCCUCGGGGCGUGAGGGGUCCGGAGACCUCCUCUGCAGCCACGUGGCCGGGACCACCCGCACCCGCGGGCCUGGGGGUGCCAUCCUUGUCUGCGGACCCCGCCGGGUUGGCCCAGGGUCACUCCUGUCCUGGGGCCACGCACCCAGCACCAGCAGAGGAAAGCAGAGCCUGGGGGGCCGAAACCAGGCCCUGCACCCUACCCCCAGGCUGGCUGGGGCCCCAGGGACACAGGAGGGCGUCUGUCUGGCCCUCACCCCUCCUGCUGGUGCACCCCAGCUCACCUGCAGGGCCGCCCCCUCCAGCCUGGGCCCCACACCCAGGGAAAGAUCUAGAACUGAGCUACAGGUGUGGGAGGGCCUGGCCUCGCAGACACUCGACCCAGGUGGGGCGUCCCAGCCCUCCCACUUGAAGUGCCCGGACGAGGACAGGGGGCAGGCCCAGGGCCACCCUGGGCCGAGCAGGGGACACAGCCGGCCCUGCCCCCCACCAGCCAGCGUGGGUUCCCAGUAGGCCUGGCACCCGCCCUACCAGGAAGGAGGGCAGCCUGCCCCCCGGGCCGGCUGAUAAGGGCAGUGGCAGAGCCUGACCCGGCCCAGCCCGGCCGCAGAUAGCUUGGCCCAGCUGGCAUGAGGGGACAGGAACU